AUGUCACUCCAAUGGAGGACUUAUGGAGCGGCUGAAUACCAGAUCCUGCCUGGCGGAUACAACUUUAGUCUGAGGGUACCGCUAGGGAUCAGAACCUCGCGCAUAACAGCUAAUUAUUUGUUUUAUUUUUCCAGAGAUGAGGAGUCCCGGCCGUCGACGCCGAAUAUCUCCACGGACCUCAACACUAGCAACCUGGUACCCCGCGGGAAGCACGUGCACUUCGCGCCCGACCUGAACUCGAUCUUAUCGGAACUGGAGGAGGACGGCGUGCUUGGCUUCCUGCAGCAGCAGCGCGACCUCAGCGCGGACAUACGUCUCGAGCUGGAGCACUCCCUCACCAGGCUCAGGGUGGAGGCGCAGGAACUGCUCGAUCUGUCCGCCAAGCUCACCAAGGGUCGCAAUGACUCGAAGAUGCUGGAAUCAAGUCAAGUGCAGAUAACUGAACUGGUGCAGGAGUUGGAUGCGCAGCAGCGAUGCGACAACUGCGAAAUGCACAGAAAGACGAUGGAAGAAGCCAUGUCGGAGUGCCUCCAACGAGAGAAUCUCCUCAGAUCGGACUUGGAGGCAGCUAUGAUGAAGAUCGCUCAUCUCAUGACUGUGGCGGAUGGUGUGAACUCCACUGACCUCAUUGCAGAGGGGUACGGCACUGGGCAGCUGCAGCCGGGGUCGCUGGGCCCCCGCGCUCGGCCUCCGCCCGACCGCGGGGCGCCGCCCCCCACGCCGCCGCCCCCGUCGCCCCCCUCGCCCGCCUCCACACCCUCGCCAGCAGCACGACUCGCCAAAGACCUGGAUCUCCUGCAGCGCGAGAGGGACGAUCUACAUCAACAGCUGGAAGCGGCCAACCGUCAACUGCGCUCCACGCGACAAUUCGUCGAAGAGCAAGCGACAGAACGCGAGGCUGAACGGGACGAGUUCGCGAAACGUCUCGCUGACCUGCGCGACGAGAACUCCAGACUGGCGACACGUUUGCAGAACAACGCCAGAAUUAUUAACGAGAUGCAGCACCGGCAUGCUCGCGGCCGCGCCCACCAUCACCACGUCGAGCAACUUGAAACCCAGACCCGUGAGAUGAACCAAAUCAUAAACGAUUUAGAAACAAAGAAAGCUGCUUCUGAUGAAGAACUUAAAGCUACAGAGGAAAAGAUUACUCUGCUCAGAGAUAUAAUAGGAAACCUCGAGAAUCAGCUGGAACAGAAAACUGCGCACGAAGCGGAGAUAUUGCAGCAGUUGGAGGAAAUGAGAAAGACGAUAGAUGAGAGGGACGGCAGGCUGAGGUCCCUACUGGGGGAGCUGGAGUCGAUGAAAACAGAGAAAGCGGAUCAGACGGAGGUCACGUGUGUACAAUGUGGACAGGAGGAAGAUAGAUAUGCGGAACUGCUGGAGAAGGUUCAAGAGCAGAUAGCAUGCUAA